UCAAGAGCCGAAUAAUUAGCGUCGUGCAAGUAGAAUCUUAUAUAUUUUAUCAUGUAUUAAAAUAUUUAAUUAAACGUUAAUGAGUUGCCUCCCGGAAGCUAAUGAUUUGUUAAGUUCUUUUAAUUUGUGUCAAGGGUGAGAUUAAGAAUCCGAUUCCUAUGAUCCUUCCUAUAUUCCUUUAUUCAUAAUUUCCUUUUUUUUUUCCUUAUAAUUAAGAGGUUUGUUGGUUUUUUGUUUUGUUUUUUAUGUUAAUGGAUAAAAACGAGAACCAUACUCUUGUUGUACGUAAAAGUAGGCGCGCUUAGUUGUAGCUAUAAACCAUCGCCUUUAAAAAUAGCUAAUUUACAAUUUGAUAAUAGAAUGAGUGAAUGCACGCACGAGACUUCUUUAACUACCGUGAUUUAGCCAAUAAUUUGGGCAGACAAACUAGUACUAAAGGACCAUAAUUAUUUAUCCUAGUUGGUACUUGUUAGUUUUCUUUAUCUCAUUUUCUAACAUGGCCAGUUGGAUAUUGCAGUGUCUAUGAAUUUAAAAGCAACCGGGGUCGAGUGCCCCUAUAUAUAUGUGAGUGCUUCUAGGUUCUAUCCCAAGCCAAAGUUGAAGCUUCAUAUUGAGAUUUGAGAAACUAAAGAAAAAGAAAAAAAAAGAGAGAGCUAGCUAAAAACACAUAGAACACACAAAUGGCUUGCUGGUCUGCUGAGAAUGCCACAAAAGCCUACCUCAAAACCUUAAAAAUGGGCCAGAAGGCAAACGAGCCAGAUGUGGUUGAGUUCAUUUCAGCUCUAGCAGCCGGGAACAAUGCACAGCAAAUGGUUGUGGCUUGUGCUGGCGCUGCUGACUCCACCAUUCUAGCCCUUGUUGCUGCUGCUCAGCAAACUGGCGGCAGAGUGGUCUGCAUCCUUCGUGGGAACGAAGAGAUGCAGUUAUCUGAGAAAAUCCUUGGCAUCAAUGUAUGUCACAUUGAAUUUGUGAUUGGGGAGGCCCAAAAUCUUCUUCUAAACUACUACAAGGAGGCUGAUUUUGUGCUCAUUGAUUGCAACCUUAAGAACCAUGAGGCCAUUCUUAGAGCAGUGCAGAUGGGGAAGAAGCAAAAUGGAGCUAUUGUUGCGGGGAAUAACGCUUUUGGCAAAGGGUCGUGGCGGUCCGGCGGAUCGAGAACUCAGUUGCUGCCUAUAGGAGGUGGAUUGUUGGUGACAAGAAUUGCAGCACCAAAGAAUGAAAGCAGCAAAAUGGUUGGGAUCAAUGGUAGUGGAAAAAAGAGCCAUUGGGUUGUCAAGGUAGAUAAGUGCACAGGUGAAGAGCAUGUGUUUAGGGUCAGAUCAUCAUUUCCACAAGGGAAGGGGAUCGCAGCAUAAGCUUAAACUUUAAUUAAUUACUCGCUCCAAAUAUCAAUUCGUUUUGUUUUAAGAGAAGACUUAAUUUUCCCUUGUGUUUCUUCUCUCAGAACAAAAAUGAAGCAUUAGCAUUAGAUAGAUCUUAUUAGAAUGUAUAUAGCAAGUGAUGUACAUGUACCAGUUAUAUUAAGUCUAUUUAUAAUGAAUGGCUUAGUUUGUUUGAA